CCUACUUCCCCCCUCCCUCUUUCUUCUCCGAAUCCCCAGGCAGGCCGACGAGGAGGAGGGCGGACGAGGCAGGACCGGGCGCCAGGGCUCGGGUCGGAAGAGGCCCAGGAGCAUCCCAGUCCCAGAUCCCUCCUCCUGCCCCAGCCCGUGCCCGUCGGCGCGCCGUUCUUGCCGCGCGCCCUCCGCUUGCUCCCAGGGUUAUCAAAUAAAGAAGCUGCAGGAUGGUGCUGUGGGUCUUCGGCUACGGGUCCCUGAUCUGGAACCCUGGCUUCGACUUCGACGAGAAGAUCCUGGGGUUCAUCAAGGGCUACAAGCGCACAUUCAAUCUUGCUUGCAUUGACCAUAGAGGCACACCGGAGCAUCCGGCGAGGACCUGCACGCUUGAAACCGACGAGGAAGCCAUAUGCUGGGGAAUUGCAUAUUGCGUCAAGGGUGAUCUAGAAAAAGAGCGAGAGGCAAUGCAGUACUUGGAGAGAAGAGAGUGUGAGUAUGACCAGAAGAUCUCUGUUGAUUUCUACAAGGAAGGAGAUUUCCUGAAACCAGCUGUGACGGGUGUAUUAGUUUUUGUAUCCACUCCUGACCCAGUAGGCAACAAGUACUAUCUUGGCCCUGCUCCUUUGAAGGAUAUGGCAAGGCAAAUUGCUACAGCCAAUGGCCCCAAUGGCUAUAAUAGGGACUAUCUGUUCUCAAUGGAGAAGGCAUUGGCCAACAUAAGCCAUGAAGAUGAUUCGAUCAUCGAGCUAGCUAAUGAGGUGAGGAAGGUGCUGAACAGAACGAAGGAGACGAAGAUCACCGGUUCCGAUGCAUCCCUGAAAUCCCAUGCUCCUCUUGUACCCCUGUCUGCACUUCCCGAAGGAACUGUUGUGGACUCGAGAUAGCAAGAUCCUGGAGGCCCAGCUGGACCGAGAAAGAGAUCAAAUUUCCUGACCGUACUCAACUCUUUUGUUCGAGGGCAUACCAUACUCACGAUGUUGUACCGUUUUAAAGAGCUGGAUUUUGCUUCAGCUCUGGCAUGUUUGUGACCGUUGUGUACUGAUUUUCCUUUGCAACAAUUGUGGUGAGGCUGUUGCUUUGAGCGCAAAUGAUAAAGCCUACUCUAAGUUUUCCCUA